CAAAACAAAUUAGAAAAAGGACAUAAGCACGUUCAAACUUCAAACUUCCAGGCAUGCAAUGCAGCGUGUGGCACAUUUAUGCAGACCCAUUAUGCCCCUCGUGACACGCCAUGCACAAAGUUCUUAAAUUCUCUGAUGGUACGGUCUCAAGUUUAGACAAAAGCAAAACUCAACAACCCAACAGUUACUAUUAAUGGUCUGUUACUGAACUCUGCAUCAAAGACAGAGACGAUUGGGUCUACAAUACUUUUUUUUUUGAAGAUUUAAACUUUCAGCAUCAGCACCCGGAAGCAAAAUUAGUUCAGGGUUUGUGGGUUUGAGCCAAAAAAUGGAGGAAGAACCAAGGGAAGGACGAUCCUUGGCUGAGACCCCCACUUGGGCUGUUGCAACUGUGAUCACUGUCAUGGUUUCUUUUGGCUUCUUCUUUCAAGGCUCUUUGAAAUGGUCUGGAAAGUGGUUGGCUAAGACUAAGAGAAAACCUCUGCUUGCUGCUCUGGAAAAGAUUAAAGAAGAGCUAAUGCUUUUUGGGCUUCUGUCAUUGUUGAUGGGACAUUGGAUUGCUUUUGUGGCCAAGAUUUGUGUUAAAUCCUCCUCGGUUAUGAACAGCCAAUUUUAUCCAUGUGCAUUGGAGGGUGACUUACAAAUAGUAAAGCGCAUUCUUGUUUCAGGCUCAAAUCAUUUGAAUCACUCCAUUGUCAGAGAGCAGGUGAAAGCUGGGGGGCAUAAUUAUUGUCCUGAGGGUCAUGAAUCAUUUGCUUCUCAUGAGAGUCUUGAGCAGCUUCAUCGUCUUGUAUUUGUUCUAGGCAUUACCCAUGUGAUUUACAGCUUCAUUGCCAUUGCAUUGGCCAUGAUUAAGAUCUACAGCUGGAGAACAUGGGAAAAUGAAGCUAAAUCUAUAGCUAUCCAGAGCUUACAAGAAACUCCGCAAGCUACACCAGAUAAUAUGAGAAUGAGGCGACUAACAACUUUCAUAUUUCACCACACAUCCCAUCCAUGGAGCCAGCAUGGAGUUCUUGUUUGGCUGCUUUGUUUCAGCCGCCAGUUCUGGAGUUCUAUAAAUCGAGCUGACUACAUGGCCUUGCGCUUUGGCUUCAUCACUACUCAUCAAUUUCCUCUAACAUAUAAUUUUCAUAAUUAUAUGCUUCGAAGCAUGGAGGAAGAAUUUCGAGAUAUUGUUGGAAUUAGUGUGCCUCUCUGGAUAUAUGCAAUAUGUUGCAUUUUUCUAGAUUUUCAUGGAAGCAAUAUUUACUUUUGGAUUUCCUUCCUUCCAGCAAUUUUGAUUCUCCUAAUCGGCACUAAACUGCACCGAGUGGUGGUAAAGUUGGCUGUUGAAAUCAUGGAUGAAUGUCCAACUACAGGAUUCCAUCAGUUUAACCUGAGGGAUGAACUCUUUUGGUUUGGGAAGCCCAAGCUUGUUUUAUGGCUUAUACAUAUGAUAUCCUUCCAGAAUGCAUUUGAGAUGGCCUCAUUCCUUUGGUCCUUGUGGGAAAUUGAGGAGCCUUCCUGUUUCAUGGACAACCGUAGCUUCCUUGUGAUUCGUUUGUCAUUUGGGAUCAUUUCACAGUUCUGGUGUAGCUUUAUAACAUUCCCACUCUAUGUUAUCAUUACACAGAUGGGUUCGAGGUUCAAAAAGUCUGUAAUGACAGAAAAUGUGAGAACAUCACUAGUUAGAUGGCAGAGGAGAGUAAAGGCCAGGAAUGGUACUUCCUCUGUUGCACUCCUGAGUGCAGGAACUGCGGCCUCGGAUUCUGUGGUGCAUAAUGUGGGAAGAAUUGAUGACUUUGCCAUAAACAGUGUGGAAGGAAGCUCCUCAGGUGUCCGGGACACAUCUUUCUCACAUCAACAGGCCUCAAUGUCAAAGGAUCAAAUUCAUGAACUAUCUGCAAAUGAUAUGAUACAAGUACCGGUUUCUUCUGAUCCUUUCUAUGACAGUUAUAGCAGUGAUGAUGUUGAUCAUGACGACAGCAGUGAGGAUAAAAAUGAUGUCAAAGAUGAUUCAUGUCUCCUUACACCACCUUAAGCUUUUUAUGCUUGUAUAUAAAUCAACACUAGCAUUAGAUUGAUCGUUGAAGGCAUUGGAUAGAUUGUUA